UUGUCUUUGCAGACGACCGGCCUGGUUGGCCUGGCAGUGUCCCAUAACCCACAUGAGCGUCUGAGGAUUCUCUACUCAAAGAUCCUGACGUCGCUGCAGACGAUGCCACAGGACGCGGCCUACAGAAAGUACACAGAGCAGCUGGUCAACGAGAGGUUCAACCACGUGAAAUCGGAGCCAGAUGUUGACAAGUUGGAGAAGAAAAUAAACUGCGGUCAGAUCGAAGAAGUCAUUUUCCAGGCGGAAUGCGAGCUGGCUCUGUCCAGGAAGAUGUCUGACUGGAAGCCCUGGGAGCCGCUGAUAGAGGAGCCUCCACCCAACCAGUGGAAAUGGCCCAUCUGA